CUGGAGUGGGAUCCUGAGGCUUCUACCUUUGAAGUUAAUUUUAUCAACAGGAGUUCUAUACUGUCAGUUCCCCUACUGAUGAAAUUUGGUUGACUUCUAAUCCUGUCCACAAAGCUGUUUCCAGUCUGCACAAGCCGAUCAACCCUUCGAAAUUUAAUGGACUGCUCUCCUCAUUUUCAUCCGAGCUAUUCUUGAGCACCUUCUGCAGCCCCUGGACCACCACCAAGUUCUGAGGUGGCUCUGCUUUGGCUGGAAGAAGUGGCUUUUGUGUAACUGGCAGCAAAAGGCCCGAAGGGAGAGUUUCAAAGGACGAAAGCGGCUCCUGGAGCAUAUGCCACAGUUCUAGAUGUGAAUCAAUCCCAUGAUGCAACAUGUCUCCCCAGUGUCAACUCUAACAAUGAUGGCCACACAAACUGUGCCCCCUCCCCCUUAUCAAGAAACCCAACAGAUGACUGCCACAGCGCAACAGCCGGCUAAAGCACAGCCAGUUCACAUCACCCCACCCUCAGCAGCAGCCAACACGCCUCUCCCCAGCACUCCCAUCGACCCUCAGGCACAGCUGGAAGCUGACAAGCGUGCUGUCUACAGGCAUCCUCUCUUUCCCCUCCUGACCCUGCUGUUUGAGAAAUGUGAGCAGGCGACGCAGGGCUCAGAGUGUAUCACUUCUGCCAGCUUUGACGUUGACAUUGAGAAUUUCGUCCAUCAGCAAGAACAGGAGCACAAACCAUUCUUCAGUGAUGAUCCUGAGCUGGACAAUCUGAUGGUGAAAGCCAUUCAGGUUCUGAGGAUUCAUCUACUGGAGUUGGAGAAGGUGAAUGAAUUGUGCAAGGACUUUUGUAAUCGUUACAUCACCUGUCUCAAAACUAAGAUGCACAGCGACAACCUACUCAGGAAUGACCUUGGGGGGCCUUACUCUCCGAACCAGUCCUCCAUUAACCUUCACACACAGGAUAUGCUGCAGAAUUCUCCAAACUCCAUGACUGCAGUAUCCAGCAAUCCCCAAGGAAUCGUGGUACCUGCCUCAGCCCUGCAGCAAGGGAAUAUCUCCAUGACAACAGUCAACUCACAAGUUGUGUCAGGUGGAGCCCUUUACCAGCCUGUAACUAUGGUAACAUCUCAGGGCCAGGUGGUAACCCAAGCAAUUCCCCAGGGGGCCAUUCAGAUCCAGAACACACAGGUUAACCUGGAUCUGACCUCCCUUCUUGACAACGAAGAUAAAAAGUCAAAGAACAAACGGGGAGUCCUGCCAAAACAUGCUACAAAUAUCAUGCGCUCCUGGCUUUUUCAGCAUCUUAUGCACCCUUAUCCGACAGAGGAUGAGAAGAGGCAGAUAGCAGCUCAGACAAACCUCACGCUCUUGCAAGUCAACAACUGGUUCAUCAAUGCCCGGAGACGUAUUCUGCAACCCAUGCUUGAUGCCAGCAAUCCGGAUCCUGCCCCCAAAGCCAAGAAGAUUAAGUCCCAGCACCGGCCUACGCAGAGAUUCUGGCCAAACUCCAUUGCAGCUGGCGUGCUGCAGCAGCAAGGGGCCAACCAUGGCACCAAUCCUGAUGGCUCCAUAAAUAUGGACAACCUCCAAUCCCUCUCCUCUGAUAAUGCCACCAUUGCUAUGCAGCAAGCCAUGAUGGCCGCUCAUGAUGACUCACUGGAUGGGACAGAAGAGGAGGAGGAGGAUGAAAUGGAAGAGGAGGAGGAAGAAGAAGAGGAAGAGGAGGAAGAGGAGCUGGAGGAAGAUGCUGAGGAGCUCCAGACAACAAAUGUUAGUGACCUUGGCUUGGAGCACAGUGACUCACUUGAGUAAAAGAACUUGGGUCCAUGCUGGAGAGGUAGCCUCCCAAGAAACUGUUUGACCUGCUUGCAUAAAUCAUUGGCCUGAGAAAAUGUAGUGAAAGCCUGAACUUUAACAUACAAGCCGUGCAUCUCUUUUAAAAGAUAUAAUUAAUUCAACAACAGUACCUGUUCUCAAGCGUCCUGCUUACUUGCUCUCGGUUGCAGGAACAGGCACGGAUGCCUAUUUCAGAGACUCUGUGAAAUGUGCAAACAGAUUAUUUAAGUGAAGGACACACAUUUACAAGGCACAUAUUGUGGCCAGUUCUUCCUCUGCCCCAAAUCAAUCCCUUUUGUUUUUGAUAAUGACAACAAAAGUGUUUUUAGGGUAAGCUGUUUUCUGUAUGACUGAAUGUUUUAUGGAUGUUCUAAUGCAACGCCUUUUUGUGACAUGCAAUUGAGAGGCAAGUCUGUUUUCACUGCUUUUAUGAAAGAUUUAUAGAUACAAAAAGAGAGAGAAAAGAUUGAUGGUUUUUACAGCAAAAAGAUACUAAAACGACUGUAAUGAUUAUAAAUACCUAGAUGUAGAAAAAUCAAGAGUUUGCAAAUUGGGGAGGGAGGAAUAACAUAUGAACACUGAGAAAAUUUAAUACCGGAAAAACAUUGACUCCUAGAUGGUUUUAAAAAUUGGAUUCCAGAUCUUCAGGACUUCUUGGAAUCGAAGAUGUACAGAGAAGGCCUGUGCUUUUGUGGUCAAUUGGUAAAAUACAAACUGCACUGCAAACAUUUUGGGAAGGAAGCUAAAAAGCUGUAGUCUUUUGAAGGGGGUGUCAUACUAGCAACAGUUCUGGUUUGAUUCCCUAUUUCAGAGAAUAGAUGUCAGCUACCCCAGAAAGAAUGCCCCUAAAUAAUUAUGUUAAUUGUUUAGAGGAUCACAAACGGAGAAGCAAAUGUCAAAUUUUUAUGUAUUGGUUGAAGCAGGCCUAGAUUUCCAAAUGUUUGCAAGCUUACAGGCAAGGGGGAAAAUCCUUCUUGGCUUAGAGACAAUACACAGUAAAGAGGGAAAAAUAUUCUAGAGCUUGGUGGAAUGAUCACGGCCCAUUCCACCGUCUCCUUCCCUUGAAACUCCUCACCAGUCUCUCUUUAUCUCAUAUUGCUCUGCCACCCCUGAGCAUCCACACAUUUGACUGGAUGUGUUUUAUACAUUCAGGGUUGGGAUCAAAUCCAAAACAGGAUUCCUCUGCCCACUCCCUCCAUUACACCUUAUAACACAACACACCCCAAUACGGAGGUCACUUUAAAUCAUUCCAUGACAGUCCUUGUCACUAUAUAAUGAACCAAUUUUACCCACUAGCUCUGUGGGGUGGUUUUGUGGCAUUUUCCAUCCUGCUGUGGUUACCUUUUUCUAAACUUAUUUGUAGCACCGCUGUAUGGGGGAAGGACGGCCCAGUCUGUGGAGGGAACUGCUGAACACAAUGAGCUUACCCGGCAGUGACAUUUUUAAGCUGCUUCCAUGUGUCAGCCACAAUGUGAACAUUGGCCUUAAAAAUGCUUUUGUGUGUGUGUGUCUAAAGUUAUUUCCCCCACUUCAUAUUCAAGAACAUGUCCAACAUAAUCCUCGGAACAGAGAGUUUUAAUUCCUAUUGAGGUUCCCAGAAUGUAGAUCUGGAGGAUCUCCUCUGUGGCUGUAAACGUACACAGAUCAAUCAAAACCUAAGCAGAACCCAUGCAUGUGGAAAGAGACUCCUCUUUUCCUAUGUCACCUCAAUGAGCAGGUGUAUUUUUAAGACCAAGUGAGUUUGGUGCAUAAGGCUAAUCUCUAUGAAGGUGCUAUUACAGAAACAUCAGCAGCAUUUUCUUCCUGAGGACCAUGGCUACACCUCCCACCACCAACCCCAAAACAUUGUGCUUCUGGCCCUUCUGCAAGCACAUCAGUGUGAACAUUUCAUAGACAAGAGUUGUUUGUGUUGAUUGUGCUAAUAUGAGGAAGUCUCAACAACAACGGAUACUCCUUUUCCAUUUAUAUGGCCAUGGAGACUUUGCUUCUUAAUAGUAAACAUGCAGUAGUUCCACGGGGUUUCUGCAGACUAGCAUGGAGCUCAUUUUUGUCCAUUAUACCCUACUGUCAUGAGGUGGAAGGACACAGAGGAGAAAGGUUGGCUGUUUUCUCCAGAUACCUGCACUUGGUGUACAUCUAACACACACCCAGUAUCCUUUCAUCUUUGCUGUGUAGGCACAGCACAGUCCUAACUGUAUUUACCCAGAUAUAAGCCCCUGUGAGAGUUGCUCCUUGAUAAAGUCUCUACCUUGGUAAUGGAUUGUGUCGCUUUUAUGCAGCCCAGAUGAAAAAUUAAUUGUGAUUAAUGUGACCAUUUUGUGCCACUGGCAGUAAUGCAAGAAAUGUCUGUUAGAAAUAACUAUUAAAACCAAAACCAAAAUCACUUUGUGCUGCCCCUGACCACUCAGGUGAGCAACGCAGUCCCUUGCCCCAAUUUUGGAGACAGAGGAACUGCCAGAAACCCAUCCUGCUUCUCCACCACCACCACCACCACAAUAACCAUGCUGCUCUCCUGGAAGCUAGCGGGAACUAUCAUUCUCUUCUAAAACAACCCCUUUACACCCAGCCCCUUGUGAAAGUAAAGAAAUAAGGGGCAUGGACUUAUAUUCCUCAUUUUUUCCUGACCCAGUUUCAUUUUUGGAGGCUGGUGCAGUAAAGAGUAGGUCAAAGGCCCCGAACCCACCUCAGUUGCUCACCCCUGGUAUACACAGCUGGCCUUGGGGCCUGUGUUCCAGCCAAGUCUUGGGGGGUCUUUGGCCAGGAAGCUUUCCGAGAACUCACUCCCCGAGGGUAUCUCCCUGUUCAUUGUUGGCACAACUGCCCUCUGCUUGCAUGCUUUUCUUCUUCCCUCUCUGCCCAAUCUACACUGUCUCUUAUGCAUUGGCCCUCUUGGUCCUUUGGUUGUUCUUACGAGAAUAAGUGGACCACCAGCAGCAAGACGGAGGAUAUUUCUAAGGAGGAAAAAAUAGCCAAGCCCAGGAAUUGACUGUGGGCCUCUCACUGGGGUGAGAUCUUCAGCACUUACCCAGGGAUGC